UGUGACGCGAGCGCGGCCGCUCCCGAUGCGCUCGUGCCGCCCCCGCCGUGCUCCUAGGCAGCCGCUGUUCGGCCGGUUUUGGUAGGCCCGGGCCGCCGCCAGGCCUCCGCCCGAGCCCGCACCCGCCAUGGACGACUACGCAGAUCUUUCUAAUACCGAGCUGACCGCCUUGCUGCGCCGGUACAACAUCCCGCACGGGCCUGUAGUAGGAUCAACUCGUAGACUUUACGAGCAGAAGAUAUUCGAGUACGAGACCCAGAGACGGCGGCUCUCGCCCCCCGGCUCAUCCGCUGCCUCCUCUUAUCGCUUCUCUGACUUGGAUUCGACGUCAGGGGAUUCAGAUAUGUAUGAUCUUCCCAAGAAAGAGGACGCCUUACUCUACCAGAGCAAGGGCUACAAUGACGACUACUAUGGGAGCUACUUCACUACCAGGACUUAUGGGGAGCCCGAGUCUGCGGGCCCGUCCAGGGGCUUCCGCCAGUCUGUGACUUUACUCCCAGAUGCUGACACGUUCCACCACCAGGUACGUGAUGAUGAUCUUUUGUCGUCUUCUGAAGAGGAGUGCAAGGAUAGGGAACGCCCCAUGUAUGGCCGGGACAGUGCCUACCAGAGCAUUGCGCACUACCGCCCUGUUUCAGCCUCCAGCAGCUCCCUGGACCUGUCCUAUUAUCCUACUUCGUCCUCCACCUCUUCUAUGUCCUCCUCAUCAUCUUCCUCUUCAUGGCUCACCCGCCGUGCCAUCCGGCCUGAAAACUAUGCUCCUGGGGCUGGGCUGGGCCAGGAUCACCAGGUCCCGCUCUGGGGCCAGCUGCUGCUUUUCCUGGCCUUUGUGAUCGUCCUCUUCUUCAUUUACUACUUCAUGCAGGCUGAGGAAGUCAGCCCUUUCCAGAGGGAGCUGUGAGGGUCUGGGCUUCAGAGCCAGGUCUUCUGGGGAGGUCCUGGCUGACUGCCUUAGCAGAGGUGGUGGGGGUGGGGGCGGGGGCGGGGGCAGGGGCAGGGGCUUUUAUGUGUUCUUGCUUGAGGGGCGCUGGGCCUAGCCCAGAGUAGGCUCCAUGGGAGCCUGAGUGUGUUUUCCUCGGCAGCCUCCUGGCCCUGCUUGCCUGUAACCCUUAGGGUCCAGGAGGGCAAGACCUCGCUCAGAGGAGAACAUGGUUCUUGUUGUCAUGCAUGCCUCCUUUUUGUCAUCUUGUUGGGGGCGGUUAACCAAAGGCCACCCUUUGUUUUCGUGGACACACAAUAAAAACCCCAUUUAUUUUUAA